AUGUCAAAGGGCAAAGAAAAAGUUAGCGGCAGUAAGCAAUUUAGGUGGCUGCCACCUAUGCAUGAGAUGAUGCUAAAGAUACUUACAGAGGAGGCUGGAAAGGGCAAUAAGCCCUCUAAUACUUUUAGGGCCGGCUCCUUUGCUCUUGUAGCGAAGGAGAUAACGGCCCAUUUCGGGGUUGAGUGCCACCCUGUAUUUGUGGAGAACCGGAUGCGGACUCUAAGGUCCAUGUGGGGAACUAUUCAAGCUCUUAGAAAGAAAAGUGGAUUCGAUUGGGACGAAAAUCUGAAAAUGAUAACUUGUGAUGCUAAAACAUACCAAGAAGAAGUUAUGGCACAUCGGAAGCAUACCGAGUAUCUGAACAAAAAAAUUGAGUUUUACGAUAAAUUAGCGAUUGUGGUGGGGAAGGACACAGCCACAGAUAAUGUGGAGGAAUGUGUGGUUGAAAAGGGGAAGAACGCAAAUGAAUCAUCCACCACUGGGUCGGGAAUUUCCAAGUCCCGCAAAAGAGGGCGUGCAGCUUCUAAUGCUGAUGAUAGUGUGCUGAUUGAUCUGUCUGAUCAGCUGAAGGAAAUAGCUGUCGCUCUGAAAGAAAUUAAUCGGGGCCCGGUAGAUUACACAACUUUGUAUAAUGAGGUAAUGGCUAUGAUGGCGGAUGGAUAUAGCGAAGAUAUGCUCGCUACUGCCUUCGACCAUCUUUGUGAGAAUAAGAAGACGGCACGUGGAUUUUUAGCCAAGAAUGCUAGGUUGAGGAAGCUGUGGUUAGAUGGUUAUUUUUUCUCACAAAUUUGA